AUGACUCAUGAAAUGGCCAUGUUCAGUAAGGAAAGCAAUUACUCUCCUCAGGUUGUCUCUGCUCAAGCCACACAGAACCUGGCAAUUAGGGCUCCCGAGAAGUUUCUUGCAGAGUUUGAGGAUCUGCUUCCCCGGGACAAUGAACACCUGCUGGAAAUAGGGAGCCUAUCUACAGGUCCCAUUGAUACCGACCUCCCUUCCCCCUCCCCUCCACCUGACAAGGGGUGGCGCGGUGGAGGUGGAGGUAUCACCGCCGCACCACCAGAUAUGCCAACAGCCCGCAGGUUUUUAGGCCGUGAUUGUACUGGUGACUGCAAGAGCAAGCAGGCGUCAGCAAGUGGCAGCAGUCCGACAACAGCCACCGUCAGCCACCGACCUGCUAGCAGUCUCAGUCUCCAGUCUUCUUGCAGUUCAACCUCGUCAGGUCGCAUGAGUACUGGCAGCGGCACAAGCCUGGGCGACAGCGGCACACACUCGGACUCUGACGACAGGAAGUCUUCUGAGAUUUCGAGGCACGAUUUGAGGUCAAAAAUGAUGUCAGGGAGGCUCUACACUGAAAUCCCACAGAGAGAUGUGUCAAAACAUAAAGAAGAGAACGAAGGAGAAAAACAAAGACUUUUAGACUGCACGUCCUCUGGCACUGCCAUCAUCAAACCAAGUUACCUGCACCGUAGCAAUUCUCUGAUUCAGGAAAAUACCAUAGAAGAGGAAGUAGAUGAAAGCUGCAAAAGUCUUCAAGAUCAUCCGUCCGUAGAGACAAGUACAGCAUCUGCUUGUGGAGAGAAGGAAAUAGCCAUAGUGGACGUCCACAACAUACCAUGUGAUGCUUUUGAAGGGAAGACAGAGGAAGUUGAAGAAGCUAAAGCGAAUAGUCUUCCACUUCCACCAGACAAUCUCUUCAACGACAAAGUCUCAGCUCUGCCUCAAAACGAGGAAAAGGAAUCCGAGAGGGUGGCUGGACAAUUGAUAAUCAUUGAGGACGGUGAGAGUGUUGAUGAAGCCCAAAAGCAACUGAGAUCGAGCCCGACUGGGUCAGAAACUGAAACAAAAGUUGAAGGAGAUGUAGAAAAGCCAGGUCAAACAGGAAGUCCGAAAGGUUUUGUUAAAAGUAUCGUAAGUUUCAUCGAAAAUGAAAACAAUUUUAAUGCUUUCGAUGAGGUGGACGAUGUGUGCGAACACAUUCUUGAGGAGGCAGAUACCGAAGUGGUCUUCGAACUGCCAGACUACGUUAACUUAACUUCCCCCCCCCAUCCCCCCACGUCCUGCAUGUGAAAAUCUCUCCAUAGAAACCCAGUAAACCUUGUACAACUAAGUGCACAUCUCGUAUCCACACUUUUUAUUCCGGUGUAAAAUAAUUUUGUACAUAUUUAUACAACAUAUAAUCUAUUUUUGUUACUUUAUUAGAUGCGUAUUUAUAAUUGUUCAUAUUUUGUACUAUAUUUAACUGUGUAGUAUUAUUGUCAAAUUUUACAACUUUUGUAGUAAAUAUAUUUUUUCACUACUUUUUGUGAGAUAAAUACAUAUUUAUUCAUUGUGAAA